UUUAUUCUCUUUUUUUUUUUUUCCUUGUUGUAGUGGAACAGAAGCUCAACCGGCAGAAAACUUUUUCUCCUGUCCAGGCUGAGUUCCCUGGGGAGAACUACUUGGAACCAGGGGUGUGAGAGAGUUCGGAGACUCUGGGAACGUGGCGUGACGCGCGCAGCGGGUGUGGCGGGGGGGGGAGCGGUCGGUCCCUACCGGGGACACCUCGAUUAUCCCAGCCCCCAGUUCCCGUCCGAGCCCCACAAAGAGCCGCCCUCGGCCGGGCCCUAGCCGCGGAAUUUCGCUAACUAACCACCAGGAGGAGUGAGUGGGAAGGGGAGGGGUUUGUCCUCGGGGUGUUGGCUGGAGAGUUUGUGAAAAGUUGUGAGACGAGCUGGAGGAAGAGGGGAGAGAAAAAAGUUGGUGCUGUGCCGGAGGCCCAGGACCGAGAGAUCUCAGGUGACCCCUGGGAAGACUCAGUGGCAGGAGGGGAGCUGAGAGCCUGCCUCGAAAGGAGGGACCUGCUGAGAAGUUCACCCUACCUGAGCCAGGAACUCAAGCUUCGGGUCCCACAGCCCUUCCCCUUUAUGGUGACUUUCGUGGCCGCUUCUGCGCCCCAGCCAUGAGGAUCCGGAUGGUCGUGAGGUGGACCUGGGCAGUCAAGAGCUGCCUGCUGCUGGCGCUUUUAACAGUGGCUUAUAUCCUAGUGGAGUUCUCGGUCUCCACUUUCCAUUCCUCCCCAGGAGCCAGCAUUGUCAGGAAGCGGUGGCAAAGACAGCUUUCUGACUCAGAGAAAAACGCAGAGGAUUUGUCUCGACCACUGUAUGAGAAGCCUCCUGCUGAUUCCCAUGCCCUGGGGGAAUGGGGGAAAGCCAGCAAACUGCAGCUCAACGCGGGCGAACUGAAGAAGGUAGAAGAGCUUAUUGAGAGAUAUGCCAUCAAUAUUUACCUCAGUGACAGGAUAUCCCUGCACCGUCAUAUAGAGGAUAAAAGAAUGUACGAGUGUAAAUCCAAGAAGUUCAACUAUAGGAGGCUUCCCACCACCUCGGUGGUCAUAGCUUUCUACAAUGAAGCCUGGUCGACUUUGCUCCGCACCAUUCACAGUGUUUUAGAAACUUCUCCUGCUGUCCUUUUGAAGGAGAUCAUCUUGGUCGAUGACUUGAGUGACAGAGUUUAUUUGAAGGCGCAGCUCGAAAGUUAUAUCAGCAAUCUUGAAAGAGUCCGCUUGAUAAGAACCAAAAAGCGAGAGGGGCUUGUUAGGGCCCGCCUGAUUGGGGCCACUUUUGCCACUGGAGAUGUCCUCACUUUCCUGGAUUGUCACUGUGAAUGUACCUCCGGUUGGCUUGAACCACUCUUGGAAAGGAUCGGUAAAGACGAAACAGUAAUUGUUUGUCCCGUUAUAGACACCAUUGAUUGGAAUACUUUUGAAUUCUACAUGCAGACAGGGGAGCCCAUGAUUGGUGGGUUUGAUUGGCGUUUAACAUUCCAGUGGCAUUCUGUCCCCAAACAUGAAAGGGACAGGAGGUCUUCGAGAAUUGACCCUAUCAGAUCACCCACCAUGGCUGGAGGACUGUUUGCUGUCAGCAAGAAAUAUUUUGAGUACCUUGGAACCUAUGAUACUGGAAUGGAAGUGUGGGGAGGUGAAAACCUAGAACUGUCUUUUAGGGUGUGGCAGUGUGGUGGUAAGUUGGAGAUCCAUCCGUGCUCCCACGUGGGCCACGUAUUCCCAAAGCGGGCACCGUAUGCUCGGCCCAAUUUCCUACAGAAUACUGCCCGGGCAGCAGAAGUAUGGAUGGAUGAGUACAAACAGCAUUUCUACAAUCGAAACCCUCCAGCAAGAAAAGAAGCUUAUGGUGAUAUUUCUGAAAGAAAAUUAUUACGAGAACGGCUGAGGUGCGAGAACUUUGACUGGUAUUUGAAAAAUGUAUUUUCUAAUUUACAUGUUCCAGAGGAUAGGCCGGGCUGGCAUGGAGCAGUUCGCAGUACUGGGAUUUCUUCUGAAUGUUUAGAUUAUAAUUCUCCUGACAACAGCCCCACAGGUGCGAACCUUUCGCUGUUUGGAUGCCAUGGCCAAGGAGGAAAUCAAUUCUUUGAAUAUACUUCAAACAAAGAAAUAAGGUUUAAUUCUGUGACAGAGUUAUGUGCGACAGUCCCUGAGCAAAAGACUUUUGUGGGAAUGCUAACUUGUCCUAAAGAUGGGUUCCCUAUUCCAGCAAAUAUUAUUUGGCAUUUUAAAGAAGAUGGAACCAUUUUUCAUCCACACUCAGGGCUGUGUCUGAGUGCUUAUCGAACACCUGAGGGCCGGGCGGAUGUACAAAUGAGAACUUGUAAUGCUCUAGAUAAAAAUCAAAUCUGGAGGUUUGAGAAGUAGGAGAGCACAAACUGCACUUUGGUCAUGAGCUGACAAAAGCUUCAGGAAAGUCAAAGAGCCUUCAGAGAGCCUCGGUGAAGAUUGUAUUUUAUUAGAAAUCACCUCGUGGCCAUCUGGAGAGCUCUGUAAAAGCUGUGGUUCAUUUUGGUAUAUUACACUGAACCUGGGUACACAGAGAGCUGCUGUUUAAUAUUUCAAAGUGCCUUACUUAUGGGUUGUUUUAUUUAAGAGCUUUGUCAAUAUGAUCUCUGAUAUAUCCUCAAAGAAGUGACUAUGAGUUGAGAUGCACAAAACACUUAAGUGUCAGACUUAAUGGUAAAGAACGUCAAAGUCUGAGCAAAAUGAAUUAUGGUUUAUGGUGAUGGGUAGUUCACUGUAUGUCCGAUGUAAAAAAAGAAAAAAAAAAAACACUUACAAAUGUGUAGUUUGAAUUAAUGCUCUUUUGAUUUUAUAUAGAAUUUUGAUUUUUUUAGCCAGCACACCGAAUUUUAGAUUUUAUUUUUUAAUUGCAUUUUCUUUUAAUCAAAUAGAAACCAAAGAAAGUUGAUCAGAUGGGAAAAGGCCUGGUUUAGAUGCCUGUACCAUUGGAAGAGAGCGUUAGUUUGAAUUUGAGUUUGCAUGUCUUUUUACCAUGCAGACAUCUCAAAAAUAUACCCACAUCUGAAUGAGGUGGGGAGACAUUUACAUUCCACACUUUGUACACUUGAGCUGUUGGAUUUAAUUGAUCUAUAUUGAUACCUCGAUUCGCUCUGAUUUUGUAAGCUGUCCUCUCUGUGAACGUUUUUUUUGUG